AUGUAUGCACAACAAUAUCCGCAAGUACCACAAGAGCCACCACCAUAUCAAAAUAAUAUGCAAGCUAAUCAACAACCACUUAAUUAUUAUCGACCAGCCGAAGAACGUAUGGCCGAUUUUCAACAACUUGUUGCUCGUUAUGAAAUCAAUCAUACAUUUGCGACAAAAUUACGUGUGCUUGAAGGCUAUGAAAUUGUAUUUAUCUGUGAUGAUUCAGGUUCAAUGAAUACACCACUUGGCGAUCUUUCGGGUCCUUUUGAUAAAAUGCCAUCUCGAUGGGAUGAAUUAAAACAAACUGUAUCAAUUGUUGUUGAUCUAGCUAGUGUUUUUGAUCCGGAUGGUGUUGAUGUUUAUUUUCUUAAUCGUGAACCUGUAUUUCAUGUUCGUAGUUCAGAACAAUUGGUGCCUAUUUUUGCCGUUCCACCAGCUGGUCCAACCCCGAUUGUUCCCGUUUUCCGACGUGUCCUUCGUGAUAAACAAAAUGAAAUAGAAGAACGCAAAUUACUGAUACUGUUAGCAACUGACGGUGUACCGACAGAUAAUCAAGGUCAUCGAGAUAUUCGUUCAUUUGAAUAUGUUCUUAAACAAGAACGUAAACCAGCAAAUCGUAUUCCUGUAACAAUUAUUGCUUGUACAGACGAUGAUGAUUGUAUUGGAUAUUUAAAUGAUUGGGAUAAAAAAAUUCCUAAUCUUGAUGUUGUUGAUGAUUAUAGAAAUGAAAAAAAAGAAAUUCAAGCACGUCAAGGAAAAAAUUUUCCAUUUAGUUUUGGUGAUUAUGUUGUUAAAAUAUUAAUGGGUGGUGUCGACAGUUGGUUUGAUGAUUUAGAUGAAAGAAAAGUUUCAACUGAUGGCUAUGGACGACCGAGUAAAGAUUUUGGUCGUAAACGAAAAAAUCGAUUCUGUGCUAUAUUAUAA